CUUCCCCCAGCGGGCGUGCAGUCUCAGCCGGUUCAGACUGGCCAGGGUGCCCCUGCAGACGAGAUCGAGGAGUGGGACCACCCCGGGAGUGACUUCCCGGGGUGGGGGUGGGGAAGGUGGAGCCGGCCGGGCGGGCUGCACUCCAUGUGUCCCGGGGGCAGAGGGCGGCGGCUGUAUAUUGCGCGCAGCGGGACCGGUCGCCCAGCGCAGGGCCGGGAUCAGCAGCCGGGGCCGGAGCUGCUCCAGCGGCCCCAGCCGAGUCCGUCACUCAGACCCGUCAGCGGCCCGCUGCACUGAUCUCACCUCACGAUGGGGUUUCAGAAGUCACCUGACGGAGGGUGGGGCUGGGUGAUAGUGGUUGUCUCCUUCUUCACCCAGUUCCUCUGUUACGGAUCCCCGUUAGCUGUCGGGGUCUUGUACGUGGAAUGGUUGGAUGCCUUUGGCGAAGGAAAAGGAAAAACAGCCUGGGUGGGAUCCCUCGCAAGCGGAGUCGGCUUGCUUGCAAGUCCUGUGUGCAGUCUCUUCGUCUCAUCUUUUGGAGCGAGACCCGUCACGAUCUUUAGUGGCUUCCUGGUGGCUGGAGGCCUGAUGCUGAGUAGCCUUGCCCCCAAUAUCUACUUCCUGUUUUUCUCCUACGGCAUCGUUGUAGGUCUCGGAUGUGGCUUACUAUACACGGCGACGGUGACCAUCACAUGCCAGUAUUUUGACAGCCGCCGCGGCCUCGCCCUUGGCCUGAUUUCAACAGGUUCGAGUGUGGGGCUAUUCAUCUACGCCGCUCUGCAGAGGAUGCUGAUUGAGUUCUAUGGCUUGGAUGGGUGCCUGCUCAUCGUGGGAGCUUUAGCUUUAAACAUUCUAGCCUGUGGUAGCCUCAUGAGGCCCUUACAAACCUCCGACUGUCCUUUUCCUGAAAAGAUAGCUCCGGAGAAUGUUCCAGACAGAUACUCCAUAUACAACGAGAAAGAGAAGAACCAAGAAGAAACUAUGACCUUCCAAGACAAGGGCUACAGUAACGAAGAUAAAUGCUUGCCCAAUGGUGACUGGGGAAGGGAGACUUCCCUUCCUAAAAACCCUACAGGCGCUGCGCACACCAAGGAGCCCGAGCCGUACAAAAAGAAGGUCGUGGAACAGACUAAUUUUUGCAAGCAACUUGCCAAGAGGAAAUGGCAGGUAUAUAGGAACUACUGCGGAGAGACCGCGUCUCUUUUUAAAAACAAAGUCUUCUCCGCGCUUUUCGUCGCCAUCUUGCUAUUUGACAUCGGAGGGUUUCCACCGUCGCUGCUCAUGGAGGACGUCGCGAGAAGUUACCACGUGCGGGAAGAAGAUCUUACCAUACCUCUCAUCUCCAUUUUCGGCAUCAUGACAGCCGUGGGCAAGCUUCUUUUAGGCAUCCUGGCUGACUUCAAGUGGGUCAACACCUUGUAUCUCUACGUAGCUACCCUGAUCAUCACUGGCCUGGCCUUGUGCGCAAUCCCUCUUGCCAAGAGUUACGUCACGCUGGCAAUCCUUUCUGGGAUCUUGGGUUUCCUUACUGGUAAUUGGUCCAUCUUCCCGUAUGUGACCACGAAGACUGUGGGGAUUGACAAAUUAGCCCACGCCUAUGGAAUACUCAUGUUCUUUGCUGGACUUGGGAACAGCCUCGGGCCACCCAUAGUUGGUUGGUUCUAUGACUGGACCCAGACCUAUGACAUCGCCUUUUAUUUCAGUGGCUUCUGUGUCCUGCUGGGGGGCUUCAUCCUGCUGUUAGCCAUCUUGCCCUGUUGGGGUAUGUGCAACCAAAGGCUCCCUAAGCCAGCAGCACCAACAACCUUUUUCUACAAAGUUGCCUCUAAUGUUUAGAGGGAUAUUAAAAGGCCUUAUUUUCUCUAUUUUUCUACUUUAUACCAUACAGCAAUAUUUGUAUGUAUGUAUGAAUAUAUGUAUGUAACAAAUUGUUAAGCAGGUUCUCAAGAGUCAUGAUCUUAUAGCAAAACGUCUCUGACUGACUCUGAGGGAGAACGUACUCUCGCACACCCUGUCUCUGUGUGCCGUGUGUAUAACCUCGAUCCCUUGUCUUCCCCUCGCCCCUGAGAAGCGGGACUGUUCCGUUUCACCAUUGUUCGUGAGUUCAGGAUCUAAGACCGUUGAUUAGCUUCACGCACUUUUCUCUGGGUGAAGUUUAAAGUCUCUGCUCUCCCUCUGAGUUCUCCAAGGUGCUCAGUGGGUUCUGUCUUAAACCGUGCACUCCUCAUGAUUGGACUUGUGUGAAGGAGUAACGACUGUCUCCUCGACGUCAGACCUGCAAGUCCAGAGAAGUCCGUUUCAUUUCCGGAAACGAAAGUGGUUGCAACAUCACUAAGAUGUCGAAGACCUCUUCAGGCAAGACACUUUAAAUCACAGCUGUCUGACGUCCGUUUUCUCUUUUACUGUGCUUGAUGAAGUACUGUGGGGCAAUUUGGUGUCCACUGCCUUCCAACUUGCUCAAUUCCUCCAGCAGCCCACCCGCAUGGCUGGCUCCUAGGACCUCGCUCCCGGGUGUCGAUCGGCAUCCGCUCCGCUGAGGUCUCCUAAGAGCUGCUGGUUUGCCGGGUUCCAGCUUGGAAAUACACCUUUGAACCAUUCCAUCUGGCAAAUGGGAAGCGCCUGUUUGCUUUGAGUGCCCUGAGAAAGGGUUGCAAGGCUCUCGCAUGUCUUCCAAAUGAAGCUCGUGGUGGUUUCUCUUGGGCUUUUCCCACUAUUGCAUUUCUAUCCGUGGAUGGUGCUAAACCAUGAUGCUCUCAGUCCAUAGAUGUAGGAAAGGACAGAGCAAAGAGAAAUUGCUACUCUCAUCCAACCUUAUCUAAUCCAAAGAACAAUGUUUGAGGGUGAAAAUGUUUAAUGAAUGGGCAUUUUUUUUCUCUAUAUAGAAAUGGGUUUCAACUUUGGUAUGCCUGAAACGUCUCCUGUAAAAACCUCAGUGCUUGGUACUACGCUGUUUUGUUUUGUUUCAUUUUUUGAAACAGGGUUUCUCUACAUAGCCUUAGCUAUCCAGAACUUGCUUUAUAGACCAGGCUGGCCUUGAACUCAGAGCCACCUGCCUCUGCCUCCCCAGGACCAUGAUUAAAGGCAGGAGCACCUUUCCUGGCUAGGUCUAUGUUUUGGAUUUUAAUUCUGCAUGUUGGUCCAAGCAUCUGGACUUUAACGAACUCUGCAAGGAUUCUGGUGACAGGGCCCGAGGACAGCUUUGGCAACAGUAAGCCUAGGCAGAAGCUCAGGGGAGCAGGGAGGGCAAGCAUACCAGGCAGGAAGCCCGGAGUUCAUAUUCCCAGCACCACAGGGAAAAAGAAAUAAAUCAGAUUGGCGGUAGACAACCAUUUUUUUCCCUCUCUUGAGCGAUAGGGGAAAAUAAAAGAUAAACCAUGCAGUCAGGUAUUAGAAAACAAACAGCCAAGGGUUCUUUAAGUAAUGGCUCCCUUUCCGUUGUGCCAAAAUUGUCCUCUCAUUUUUUUUUUUAAAUAUGUGAAAUUAUUUUCUACGUCACCGCCUUCCUUUGCAGGCGCCUGAAGCACUUUAUUACGCAUCCCCAAGAGCACCACCCGGAAGGCAAUAAGCAACUAUGUCCAGUGUCAUCAAAUACAAAGAUUUCAUAGCAUUGUCUUACAAUAAAUAAUGGAGCUCAAAGCACAUGGGACUUGUGUUCUGCACUCGGACUUCUGGAAAGUUCUUUGUACCUCAUUCUCCAGUCUAUCAAAGGCAGUAACUAGAACCUUACUCCAGCUCCAGGCGAUCCGACAACUUCUUCUGUCUCUCAUAGGCACCGGUAUUUUGGUCACACACACACACACACACACACACACACACACACACACACAAAUAAAAAUAAAAAAGAUAUCUUUAAAAUUUAGAGCUAUGAUUUUUUAAGCAAAAUAAAUAAAAAAGAAAUAAGCCUUCUACUCUUUUGUAU